AUGGGUCAAACACUCUCGGAGCCCGUCACGCAGAAGACGACGUCUUCGGGCGGCAACGACUCGGUCCUCUACGCAAUCUCUGAGAUGCAAGGAUGGCGUAUCAGCAUGGAGGACGCGCACACCACCAUCCUCGACAUCCAGAAUGCCAGUGGUGGAAUUGUCGGCAACUUCUUCGGUGUCUUUGAUGGCCAUGGAGGCUCCUCAAUCGCACAGUAUUGCGGCCGCAGCUUGCACAACACCCUCAUCUCCGAGGAGAAAUUUAAGGAGGGAGAGUACGCCCAGGCCCUUGAAAAGGCCUUCCUUGAUGUCGACGAGGAUCUCAAGAAAGAUCCAAACUAUACAAACGACCCGUCGGGUUGCACUGCCGUAACCGCUUUCAUCAAGACCGCAGCGCAGGACUCCAAGCGCGUCGAAAAGAUCUUCGUAGCAAACGCGGGUGAUUCCAGAUGUGUCCUCUCUCAAGGCGGAUCCGUCAUCGACUUGAGCAUCGACCACAAGCCUACACUUGACUCCGAGCGCGAGCGUAUCGAGAAUGCCGGUGGUUACGUCAGCUGGGGUCGUGUCAACGGCAACCUGGCCCUCAGCCGAGCCAUCGGAGAUUUCGAAUUCAAGAGGUCCUUCGAGCUUCCAGUAGAGAAGCAGAUCGUCACCGCCUUCCCCGAAGUGCUUCCGCACGAUGUGGACGCUAAGGACGAGUUUCUCGUUCUCGCUUGCGACGGUAUCUGGGACUGCUUGACCAGUCAGCAGGUGGUGGACAUUGUGCGGCGAUCGGUUGCCAAUGGCAAGGAGCUCAACGACAUCUGCGAAGACCUCAUGGAACGCUGUCUUGCACCUGAUUCCGACACCGGCGGUAUCGGCUGCGACAACAUGACAGUUUGCAUUGUUGCGCUUCUGAACGGCCGAAGCAAGGACGAGUGGUACAAGUGGAUCAAGGACAACAUUGAGGUGGCUCACGACGGCCACGUCACUCCCGCACAGGUUGCGCCUGUCUUCCAAAGCGCGCAACCCACUUCGCGUGGCCAGGAGAGCGGCAACGACGGCACAGUCAGCAUCCAGUCGCUCCUCUCUGGUGGAUUGGCGCGCGGCGAGGACGGCGAAGAUGGAGCGGCAGGAUCGCUUCGAUUGCCUGGCGGUCUGGCGGGUGCGCUGAGUGGUGCGGGUAUCGUGUUCCGACCCGGUGGGCGCUCGGACGAGGGCGAAGUGGUGUACGAAGCACACGUUGUUGAUGAGGAGGACAGCGGCGACGAGCAGUCGGACCAGAGCAGCAGCGAGUCGGGCGCCAAAGCGCCGACCAACCCGUCCAGCGACAGCCAGGGUGCCGAACCAAGGCUGGUCGAAUCCCCUCAUACGGACGCCAAGCCUGCCAGCUCGAAGCAGGAGUCGGACAAGAUGGAGGUAGACGACGAGAAGGCCAAAGAAACUUCAAGCGCUUGA